GGAACUUGGACUUCAGUCGCGUUAUCGUGUUUUAUUGUUUUAUUCAAGGCUGCCCCUUCUUGGCUUCCAUCGUACCGCAUGCGUGUGAGAAUGAAACAUUUCCUCGGCUGCUAUCUCUCUGGGAGAAUUUCAGACUCUUGGGUUGCAAAACUUUCUGCCUUUUUCUGCGGGAAGAGGCAGGGCCUCCACGAAGCUGCAGGGCUACACGGAUUGUGUUUUAUUCCUGAGGUUUAGCCCCUGUGUUUUAUCCAGGGAGCUCUCAUUUUAGCUAUACAGCACCCCUGUGAGGUAGGCUGCCUUGAGAAAACCUCCCCUAGUUCCUGGCUCUCUUCCUUUUUUUAAUUAGAACUUUUCAGGGCAGUAAACAGAGACAAAAUUUGAAGAGGAUUAAGGGGGAAAAAGUAUACAGAAAAUAAGAAAAAUGAAAGAAGAAAGAAGAGAAUUAGGACUUCCGCCCUUCUUCCUAUCAAAUAAUUGCCAUCUUAUUCUUCCUCCUUCCUCUUCGACCCUUUCUAAUCCCCAAAUCCAUAAAUCAUCAACCUUUUCUUCUUUCAGCGAAAAGUCCAUAUAGGUUUUCCAGCCUUUCAGAAAAAGUCUUUAUCCUUUUUUCCUGACCCCGCCGGUCAGCUUUGCCAUUUUCGCGGGCUCUGUCAAUUUUAUCAUCCAAUCUUCCACGGUGGGUAUUUUCUUAUUCUGCCACCUUUGGGCAUACAAUAACCUUGCCGCAGUUGCCAUAUGCGAUAUUAGUCCCCCCCCCUUUCUUUUUUAGUUCCUCGUCCUUAAAACCCAAUCAAAAUAAGUCUGGUUCCCUCAUAAUUUUAAUCUGCAAUAUCUUCUGCAUCAGCAUAUGAAUUUGUGCCUCCCUGGCCCUGGGCUCUUCCAGCUCCAUCCAAACAGUUGGAUCCCUGCCCCGGGCGGGCUCUUCUCUGCAGAAACCCAACGGCUGAACAGUCCUUACACGCCCUGGUCUCUUCCGAUACGUUCACGCACGUUGGGAAGAAUAGAUUCCCUUUCACCCGGUCCUGCUCGCUAUUCCCGGUGCAUUUGAAGCUGGCUGUUUGUUGAGGGUUUUGUUUGCUCAGGGGGAUGAAUGCGGGCCAUCUCGGCCGCUGGGGCGGUUGCAUCGUGCAUCGGGGCGGGGAGGCAGACGUCCUCUGGCCGGUGGCGUGCAGGAGGGCUGGAUCCCGGUGCCCCGACUCUGGCCAUGGAGGGGCGUAAAAGUGGCUGGGAAGGGUCCCGCAAGAAAAGGAGUUUUUCUCCCGCUGCUUUGCCUUCUCCCGAAAGGACCGGCGUGUGCCGAGGGAAACCCGGAUCCCAGCCCAGCGGCUUCCUCUUUCAGGACGCUAUUCGGACGCUGAACACCCUCCAGACCAACGCCAGCUACCUGGAGCAGGUGAAGCGGGAGCGGGGAGACCCCCAGAUGCAGCUGCAAGCCAUGGCCGUCUUCUUGGAACGCACCGGCUUGAAGGUCGAAGACCUGGAUCAACUCAACAUCAUUCACGUCACCGGGACGAAGGGCAAGGGUUCGGCCUGCGCCUUCACAGAACGGAUUCUGCGCAACUACAAUUUAAAGACGGGCUUCUACAGUUCUCCGCAUCUGGUUCAGGUUCGUGAGAGGAUUCGGAUCAACGGGCACCCCAUCAGCCAGGAGCUUUUUAGCAAAUAUUUCUGGCAGGUGUAUAACCGGUUGGAGGAGACCAAGGACUCUCACCAUGCCUGCAUGCCCGCGUACUUCCGGUUCCUGACGAUCAUGGCUUUCCAUGUCUUUCUGCAGGAGAAGGUUGACUUGGCGGUCAUAGAAGUUGGCAUUGGGGGUGCCUAUGAUUGCACAAAUAUUGUCAGGAAGCCAAUUGUAUGUGGGGUCUCCUCCUUGGGCAUUGACCACACCAGCAUCCUGGGGGACACCAUUGAGAAGAUUGCCUGGCAGAAAGGGGGCAUUUUCAAGCCCGGCGUGCCAGCAUUCACAGUUCCACAGCCAGAGCGACCCUUAGAAGUCCUGAAAGAGCGAGCUGAAGAAUGUCCGUGCCCGCUUUUCCUGUGCCCUGACCUGGAUGCCUUUGAAGACAACGACAGACCCCUCCAGCUAGGUUUGGCUGGUGACCACCAACGCUCAAACGCCGCUUUAGCCCUCCAGCUCUCCCGCACGUGGCUUGGCCAUUGUGGCUAUCUGGAUACCAAUGAGCUGAAAGACUUGUGGCUACCUUCUGAACUUCCAGCAAAGAGGGUGCCCCGCUUGGCUCCUGCUUUUAAGCCAGACCAGCCCAUGGUACAAGGCCUGCAAGAGGCCGUGUGGCUCGGACGUAACCAGGUAUUGCAUCACGGUCCGGUGACAUGGUACAUCGACGGGGCCCACACCACCAGCAGCAUACAGGCCUGCGUCCGCUGGUUUCGCCAGGCGGCCCUGAACGAAGAAAAACCUACAGAUGGCUCUGAAGUCCGAGUGUUGCUGUUCAACGUGACGGGGGACCGAGAUACGGCUGCUUUGCUGAAACUUUUGCUGCCCUGCCACUUCGAUUACGCCGUGUUCUGCCCCAACCUCACGGAGGUGUCGACAGUGGGCAACGCAGAUCAGCAGAACUUCAACGUCACCUUGGAGAACGUCUUGACGCGCUGCCUGCAGAACCAGAGUCACUGGAACCGCCUGAUGGAAGCCAAGCUGGCGCAGGACCCUUGGUUCCCUGUCUUGCCGGAGGUGGGGGGCUGGCUGAAGCAGCCCCCCCUUCACGGACCCCCGCUCUUCGCUGCCCCCUCGACUCGUCCGCUCAAUUCCAACUCCCUGGUUUUCCCUUGCAUCUCGCAGGCCUUGCAGUGGAUCACGCAGGGCAGGGACCCCCACUUGCCAACGCUGCUGCCCCGGGGGCUCCACCCGCACCCGGCGGCCAGCAGCGGGGCCGUUCUGCUCAAGGAAGCGGCGGCCAUCCAAGUCCUGGUGACAGGCAGCUUGCAUCUGGUCGGGGGCGUCUUGAAGCUGCUGGACCCCACCCUUUCGCAGUAGUCGCCAUCAGCCGCCAACCUGGACUGUUCCCGGGCAGCAGAGACCCUUGUGUGCUGCUGACGUCUCUGGCGUUGCGGCUUGGAGUCCUUCAGGGCACAUCCCGCUGUGCCAUUCCUGGGAGAUCGGGGCUGGGUUCUUGACUGGAGCGGACUGAGCUCCCGUCAGCUGGGGAUGAUGGUCAUCUGCCAGGUUCCUGCUUGAAUGCCGAUGGUUGCAGCUCGGUGUCCAAGUUAUCUGCAAGCUCGAAGGAAUGCUCCCUCUUCUACUGAGCGAGGACCUUCUCUGUGUGAGCCAUGUGCAGGAAACCACCUCCCUCAGCCUCGAGCAAUUCACACGUGAUGUUUCUCAGCAUGACCGAGGCAACGUCCCGGCCGGCCACCUCGGAGACUCCCGCGUGCCUUUUCGACUCGCCCAUUCGCCGUGUUCCUUCGCCGGUUCUCCUCUGCAUUUUUCAUCCCUGCCUUUCUCACUCGCUGCCUUGAUCCGAUCGCGGGCACUUUGGGAAAGCGGCUACUCGCUUUUCUCAGACGGCCUCCCCUUGAGAUUCCCCGCUCUGCCUUUGCGUCCUUUUUGGGGUGGGGGUGGGUGGGCAUCCGAGGGGACCAGUCAUCUGGGUACGGUGCUCCUGUGCUUGCUGCCAAGCAUGGGGGCCAGAAGAGCGGGCCGGCCAGACCCUCCCUCGAGUUGGCCAUUGGCAGCCUUGGGGGUCCCUGUGCUGAUUCACUAUGAGAUCCAAGUGCCUUUUUUUUCGGGGGGGGAGAAAGUCACUGUGUUCUUGCAAUGAGCUGCCCAGUUUUAGAGUUUUACUUCUCCGGAGCGAGCUGUUUUUAUUACUUUUUCAUUUUGGGUAGAGGGACCAAGCCUUCCACCCCCACCCCGCGCCAUUGGAUUUGGCUCAACAAUUGCCAAAGCCCAUUGACCUUUCUGGCCCCUUCCCCUUAUUAAAACAUCCUGGCGGGGAUGUUGAACCGCCCCUCCCAUCUUCCCUGCCUCUAGGUGGGGUCGGCCAGGGCUGAUGGGAGCUGUCGUCCCCGACUCUGCCUCUCGCCGGGGAAUUCUGGCUGAGCGUCCCUGCCUUCCGCCAGAGGAGUGACGUGGUUUGAAAUGGGUCCCUUGCAUUUAAACCUGAUCUCCACGUUCCUCGUUCGCAGCAUUGCGUCGGAUCGCCUCUUACUUUCAGGGAACUCUGCGCGUUCUUAGAUACGUCCGAGCUGCCAAAACCUUUCCUGCCUUCUCUCUGCAAACGUUUUUGGUUGAGCUAAGAACACUAACCCAGCGUUUCUCAACCUUGGCAACUUAAAGCAGGUGGACUUCAACU